GCAUCUGUUGCAGUCUAGCGAGAAAAAAUGCAAGCUUUUAAGGUGACAGCUACUGGGUAUUUGUCAAUAUCAAAAUUCAAAUUCAUGCAUUGCAUUCACAUGAUUUACACAGUUUUCUGCCUUCAAUUUGGUUUUCCAUCUUCUCACUUGUUUAAUUAGUUGUUUAUUCCCUCCACCCAAACAAAAAACAAAUGCUUUUUAGCAGCACCAAAGAACGUAGGCCCCAUAUCUUUCCGUACCAUGGCCCGGACGUACCUUCAGCGCAAACCCACCACCCCCCUCUUCCCCUUUCUUUUUGUUUAUAAAUUCCUACUCUCCUCACCCUUCUGCAAACCCCUCUCUAUAGCAUUCUCUUCCCCGUCCUCUCCCUCCUCCAAACGCAUGAGAGAAGGAACAAGUCCAAGUUCUUCAAGUGAUGGACAGCCAGGAUCUUUCUUCGCCACCCCACAUGGACGCAUCUCGUCCAUCCCUUGGUUUCCCUCUCGGUACUGCCCUCCUCCUCAUCAUCAUCUUCAGCUUGAGUGGAAUCUUCUCCUGCUGCUAUCACUGGGACAGGUUCAGAUCUCUGCACUACUCUUUCUCCCAGGACGACCCAGAUCACGAUACAGAUAUCGAAGCUUCACCCUCCAAAUCUAAACCCGUAUGCACGAAUCUAAAGCAAAAUCAAAGCCAAAGCUUGCCUGUGUUGAUGCCUGGGGAUCGGAUUCCAAAGUUCAUAGCAUUGCCAUGCCCAUGUGAACCUCCACGUCCAGAAAAAGUAGUGGUAAAAGUGCAGAAGCCACUGAAGCCACCACCUCGCCUGCCAGUGCCUUUGUAUUAGCCCCCCCCCCAAAAAAAAAAAAAAAAAAAAGGACUCAUCAAUUGAUGUAUGUAUAUGUGACAACGAUGGAAGUAUAUUUUAAUUUUUAAUAAUUGCAAUAUUUCCCCUUGUGAUUGUUCGAUUUUUACUAAUAUUGUUAGGCCCAUGAGAAAGGUCGAUUUGUAAUUUUUUUUUUUUACCAUUCCUUCAUGAUUUCCCCAAGUUUUGUAUAAAUCUUGUACAUAUCCAAAUAGAGGGAAGAUUAUUCA